CACAAGCAACUUCCAGAAUCUAAAUACGGUCGUAACAGCUCUGCAAGUCAAGAUGUGCCUGAUAUUAAGACCUUUCGUGGAAUACCACAAGGCACUUAUGAUUAUAUUCCCAUUUCUGAUAUACAAGGCUGGACAAAGACUGUUCACAACAAAGAACAUAAAUGCUCUUCAGGGAAGUCAAAUGGCUCAAUAUUGAAAGUUAACAAUACCACAAUGGAAUACCUUAAUAGUUCUUUGAGCACCAAACUAAUACCCGGAGCAUAUAUUUUUGUAGUUUUAUUAGGCGUGCCAUCAAAUGCCAUCACACUGUGGAUGCUGUUUUUUAGAAUCAGAUCUGUUUGUAUGGCUAUCUUCUACACAAAUUUAGCCAUUUCAGAUUUUCUAUUCUGUAUCCUACUACCAUUCAAGAUUGCAUACCACCUUAAUGGAAACAACUGGGUAUUUGGAGAAAUAAUGUGCCGAACUACAACUGCCAUUUUCUAUGGCAACAUGUAUUGCUCCAUUCUAUUCCUGAUGUGCAUCAGUAUCUGUCGUUACAUGGCUGUUGUUCAUCCAUUCACCUACAGGAGUCUACCAAAACGAACCUAUGCAACACUAGUAUGUGGCAUUGUCUGGAUAACAGUUUUUCUGUACAUGCUGCCAUUCUGCAUAAUGAAGCAAAGCUAUUACUUGGAACAAUUAAAUAUCUUUACCUGCCACGAUGUACAUAAUGCCUGUGAAACGUCAUCACCAUUCCAAUUCUACUACUACAUCUCUUUAGCAAUUUUUGGAUUUGUAAUACCACUGGCCAUUAUUAUUUUCUGUUAUAUCUCAAUUAUUCAGACACUUUAUACGUAUAAGCAGAAGUGGUUAUGGUAUGUUAAAAUAAGUCUCUUGAUCCUUAUGAUUUUUGCCAUUUGCUUCACACCAAGCAACAUCAUUCUUAUCGUCCAUCAUGUUUACUACUACUACUACAAAACAGAUAGCUUGUAUUUUUUCUAUCUUAUUGCUUUGUCCCUAAGCAGUUUAAACAGUUGCCUUGACCCAUUCCUUUACUAUCUGAUGUCCAAAAUCAGAGAGCAAACCAAUGUUUAUCUCACAAUGGUUAAAAUAUCCAGGGAAGAAUGAAUUAAAAUUAAAUGUCCAAUAUUUAUUAUUUUGUGACAUCUGAAUGUGGUAAUUCAAAAUAAAAAAAUACAUUCCAUCAUUUUAUAAAUGCUGUCUGUUUAAUGAAAAAAGAAGCAGCUUUCAUAAGUAUCUUAAAAUCCCCUUCAUUCAAAUUUUAUGUUAAAAAGGCUUCUAUAAAAACAGCUUUGCCAAGUCUUGCACUUUUAUCUCAAGUCUUGGGACUGUUCUUGAAACCACAGCUCAUGAUUGAGGUAAGAAUCUGUCUUCACGUAUAAAAACAAGAGGUCAGUUUCUAGCCUUUACUGCUAUGGAGAAAGGUCUGAAAAAUUGAGCCCUAAAGCUUCAACAAAAGAAAGCAAGUAGCACUCCAAUUACGUUUUUAAACCAACACCUCUAUUUUUGAAAGCUUUCGGUUGGCUGCCCUGAAAAUACCUCAUGCCGUGAUUUAUGGUCAAUGUAUAGCAAUAAUAUAAAGUGGAUUUCUACUUUACCCUACUAUAGAAACAUUUGGCUUUAUUACACUUAAAGAGUGUAAUAAAAAAGCCACUUACAGUAUCCACCACAUCCUCUAGAACAGUGGUCCCC